AUUGGUGACGUGUCUCUUGACAGCAGGCUGAAAGCUUUUUGCUUUUGUGGGUUUUUUUUUUAAACAUAUUCGCUGAAAUAUUGCUAUAAACAUGGUUGUUGAUAUUACUUUAUUGUUCAAAGCCAGCGUAAAAACUGUCAAAACAAGAAACAAAGCAAUCGGAGUGUGCUUCGAUUCAGCAAAAGACGAAAUCUUAAAGAAAAGCAGACCAAAGGGUGACUUCUCCAGCAGAGCUAAGGAAGUGAUUGCCAACAUCACUAAAUUGAAAGAUUUUCUCUUGGAGCACCGGAAAGAUUACAUCAACGCUGGCAGCCUUAUCUCUUCAGACUAUUCUCAUAUGACAGAUAAUGACCGGGAUCAGAUUGACCAAGAUGCACAGAUAUUCAUGAGAGCAUGUUCCGAUGCCAUUCGUCAGCUGAGAUCAGAAGCUGAAAGAAAAGUCUUCUCCGCUCAGGUGAAAGAACAUAGAGGAGCUGUUUUGGACCUUACAGAAGUUUACCUAAAAAGUGUAUGCAAGCUUUACUCGGAGCAGCGAGCGAUCAGGGUCAAAAGAGUGGUGGAUAAAAAGAGGCUGUCAAGACUUGAACCUGAGCAAAAUAAGAAACGGUUGGCUUCCACGACUCUCGAAAGAACCACAAAGUCCUCUACAGAGCAGACUGAUGAAAAGGUUAUGACCAGUGAAAGCAGCGACAAAAACACUACAGAUGUGCAAGAGUCCAGUUUUGGCCUCUGGGAAGAUGGGAAAGUGGAGGAUGAGCUUUCACCAGAAGAAAUUCAGAUGUUUGAACAAGAGAACCAAAGGCUUGUUGGUGAAAUGAACAACCUAGUGGAUGAAGUCAGGCAAAUAGAAGGCAAAGUUGUUGAAAUCUCUAGACUGCAGGAGAUAUUUGCAGAAAAGGUUCUACAACAGGAGUCUGAGAUUGACAAUAUUCACGAGUUGGUCGUGGGUGCAACAGAGAACGUCAAAGAAGGCAAUGAAGACAUUAGAGAGGCGAUUAAAAACAAUGCCGGGUUCCGUGUGUGGAUUCUUUUCUUCCUCGUCAUGUGUUCCUUUUCCUUGCUGUUCCUGGACUGGUAUGGCAGCUAAUGCAGAGAACUGGUCUUUGGGGAUCGUCAUUCUGCAGCACAUGGAGACCACAUCCGAAUCCUAAUUACAUGACAUGAAAUAUAAAUUCAACUCGAGAUCUGAUCAACAGGCGUUAAAAAAAGAAAAAGAUUAUCCCAUUGAAGCCUGCAUAUCUUGUGAAAAGGGUUGACACGCAUGCUGUUGUAAGCAUGGCUUUUGUUAAGAUAUGUGUGAUGUUGUUAAUGAUGGCUUUGUCUUGGCUGAUCCCAGAAGAGUUACCCUGUUCACUCCAGGGUGAUUAAGACAAGCCGUACUUAAUAUUUCACAUCCUUUCUUUUUUUUUUGCAAUUAAAACAGUCAGUGAAAU